CGUGGCACAGAAUAUUGGUGGUCAUGCUCAUUCGUAUGGCCCGAUUUUUGUCUCAUAACCCAAUUUCCAUGGCUUCGUUGUACCGAACCCAAAUUUUAAGAUUUGUACCCCUGAGCUCGUUCAUCCAGCAAAAUGGAAUGUCGCAGUACCCCAACUAUUACGUCCAACCGGUGUAUAAGAAAGAGACGCAGGAAGAGCUUACUAAAAGCGGCGAAUUGUACAAAUACACUCACGUACCCACGAGGGCGGCAUUAAACGAUCAGACCAGUUCAGCGUCGAACGAUCCAUUAGUGAAUUUGUUCAUCAAUUAUGUGAUGAAGGAUGGGAAAAAAGUGCUCGCGCGAUCGGUGAUGGAAAAAACGUUCGAGAACGUGAAACGGCUGCAGCUCGAGCGGUACCACAAGUGUGAAAAUCCGGAAGACAAGGAGAAAAUCGAGCUGAACCCCAAGACGAUCUUCCACAGGGCCGUGGAGAAUUGCAAGCCGAUUCUCGCACUCUCGCCGAUCAAACGAGGCGGCGUCAAAUACCAGGUACCUGUCCCGAUCACGGCAAAAAAGGCACAGUUUAUGUCCAUGAAAUGGUUAAUCGAGGCCGGCAAGGACAAGCACCACGAGGUCCGGUUCGCCCUUCAAUUGGCGAGGGAGCUAAUAGACGCCUCCAACAACAAGGGCCGCGUUAUCAAACGGAAACACGAGUUGCAUAAGCAGUGUGAGGCGAAUCGUGCUUAUGCCCAUUACCGCUGGAGUUGA